AAUCGACCUCCUCGUUGGGAAAAGCCCAGCCUUUUUCUCCUUCCUGUCCUGCCGGGGUGCUUCGCUUCCGAGAUUUCUGGGUUUCAGGAUUUCGUUUCAUGUUUCGCGUCGUGCGAGUUUGUUUGAACUUUUGUAAGUGGCAAUGUUCAGCGGAGCUGGCGGAGCGCGGUGGGAUCUUGAAAUUCGUGCCUCAGUUCUUUUGGGAGCUUUGGGUUCUUCUGAAUCAGUUGCUGCUGCUGCUUGGAUACGCAGACGCUGUCUCAUCAGCAGCAGGAACGAGCUCCGGAAUGUUACCGUUCAGAUUCUUGAGUUACAUUUGUCCGAGUAGCAUCAGCGAAGUUUUUUUUUUCUUUUUGAGAUCGAGUAGCAUCAGCAAAGUUGCAACUGAAAAAAAAGGGGUAGACGAGGACAAAAGAUGCGUGUGAAGCAUGAACAAGUCAGCCAUAGUUUCUAGUAUUUCGCUUUCCCUUCAAGAUAAGUAUCCAUCAGCGAGAUCCCGGAGCCCUGUGCGUCCAUUGACCGGCGUGGCCCCCAUGGAACAUAGUGAUCUCAGCACCAAGUUGCUUGCUGCGCGUGCACUUGGGCGUUGACAUGUUCCCCACUAUUUCUCACCUUUUCUCGGUGGGCAAGAAAAAGGAAGCUAGCCCCACUUGCUGGCGCAAUUUCAGAUAGGGGAAAAAGGUUUUAAGGAUAUGAUGCGCACUUCAGAUAGUCUCUGGGAUUAAAUAUUUUAGGGUUUUUUUAGCAUCAGGUUGUUGACUUGUUGUUGAGUGGAUACCCACUUUCUUUUGGGUCUUGUGAUUUCUGUUGUUCCAUUAACCUUUCUUUUUUACACAGGGGAUAGAGGAUAUUUCCCUUUUCUUUGGGAAUGUCAAUUCCAAAAAUCUCACUGCUCAGGCUUCUUCAUUCCUUGAAAAUGUUGUGUGCUUUGGCCUAUCUUUCAUCCCCCCCCCCCCCCCCCCCCCCCCCCUUGAGGGAAUAGUUGGGAAUCCUUCUGAUUAAUAUAUUGGAGAUAAUGGCGUAAUGAUAUGUAGGUUAUUUACAGGUUCAAAAGUAAAAAAUUAUGAAAAAAAAGUGCUUGGCCCAAUCACCAAAUUGAGGACAAUAUCCAUGUUUUUCCAUAUGGGUAACUGUGAAAAAUUCAAGAUUGAACUUUUUUUUUGUCACACUGAAUUGUAACGAUCAUGAUCGCCAUUCCAGGUUGCAUGGUUAGCAUAGCAUGGCUACCCAUUUAGCUAGAUUUUUAGCAUUUCCAAUCUCAUAUGUCAUCUACUGAAUUGGAGCGUAAGUGGCGUUAAGCAGCCUUAAAAUUUUAAUCUGCAGGAAAUCCAGUCACCUGGCCUUAUUCAACCUACUAUGUACAAUAACGGCCCUAGUUGCAUUAUUGUGUAAGGUACAUGUAUUAACACUAAGAUAGUACCACUAUAAAUGUGUUAAUAAUUGACAACCUACCCUGUCCAAAAGAAAAGUACGGCACAAGCCUCAGUUUACUGGAACUAUUAAUUGGUUGUUAAUAAGUGUACAAUGCUAACUACUCAUCUAACAUGACAUAAUAUGCACCAAACAAGUUUUAGUUAGCCCCUAAAAGUUUUAAAUGAACAGGACAUUUCUUUAUAACACAAUUUUUCUCCCAUUGAGGCAACUGUAACAAAAUCAAAAUUACAAGGAGAUUUCUGACAAGUUAACUGUGUGAGCCAUAUCUUGUAAUCACAAGCAAAAUAUGCAGUAAUGAAUAGCUCCCCUCAUGUUGGAGUUAUCCAUUUCUAGUGUUACAUUCUGGGGCAAUGCCAAGGAACAGAAAUUCCUGAUACUCUAUUGUCAUGGUAAGAGUGUUUAAUAAGAAACAAGAUGGUUUAGGUUGAUAGAUGCUGAGAAAAUUUAGCCACAUUGUCAUCUCCGAACAGAAUUUUAUGUUCGUACAAACUCUUGUCGCACACAAUGAGUAGUCAGUACUGUUAAAACAUUUGAAUUUAGUUGAAUGACAGAAGAUUUGGAAUAAGCUAGUCGUUCUUAUCAUGUGCCACCAUUUUCUGUCUUGCAUCCAAGCAAGAAUAUGCAACAAUUCUGAACUGUCCAAGAGAGUUUACUUUCUAUUAUCUAGAGUAACCCUGCUUUUUCCGUGUGUGUGUGUGUUUUUUUCUUGCAGAACAAAGAAGAUACUUGGUUUCUCUGUAUCUCUCAUCCUCAUCAAUCUGGCUUCAAUCAUGGAGCGUGCUGAUGAGAAUCUCCUUCCAGCAGUUUACAAGGAAGUCAGUGCAGCCUUCAACGCUGGUCCUACUGAUCUGGGAUACCUCACGUUUCUAAUGAACUUUCUGAAGUCAAUAGCAUCUCCCUUGGCAGGUAUCCUUGCUCUUCAUUAUGACCGGCCCACGGUGCUCGCAAUCGGGACCGUUUUCUGGGCCUUAUCAACAGGGGCUGUUGGUGUUAGCCAGCAUUUUGGGCAGGUUGCAUUCUGGAGAGCUGUAAACGGCCUUGGGCUUGCCAUUGUAAUACCAGCGCUCCAGUCAUUCAUUGCUGAUAGCUACAAAGAUGGUACACGUGGCGCAGGAUUUGGUUUGUUAAGCCUCAUCGGUGCUGUAGGUGGUAUAGGUGGUAGCAUUUUGGCAACAAUCAUGGCUGGGAAAGACUACUGGGGAUUCCCAGGAUGGCGUGUUGCAUUUAUGAUGGUCGCACUUGUCAGCUUGAUAAUUGGAAUUCUUGUGUACUUAUAUGCAACUGAUCCAAGAAGGAUACCUGGCAAUCAUCUUCUUGAUGAUGACGAUUAUGAGAGGUUUCAUUUGUCUAGCAAAGAUGUUCUUCCUCCGCCUUCUAUCUGGAGGGACUCUUGGGUGGCAACAAGAUCUGUUAUGAAAGUGAAGACCUUCCAGAUCAUUGUCCUGCAAGGGAUAAUUGGCUCAUUGCCAUGGACUGCCAUAGUUUUCUUCACAAUGUGGUUUGAACUCAUUGGUUUCGAUAAUAACAGUUCAGCAGCGCUGAACAGCCUAUUCGCAAUCGGGUGUGCCAGUGGAGCGUUUAUUGGAGGGGUGAUAGCAGACUGCCUGUCAAAGCACUUCCCAGAUUCGGCACGCGUAAUUUGUGCCCAGUUCAGUGCCUUCAUGGGCAUCCCAUUCUCAUGGAUCCUCCUCACAGUCAUCCCCCAGUCAGUCGACUACUGGUAUGCCUUCGCCGUCACCCUCUUCUUCAUGGGCAUCACAAUAAGUUGGUGCGCCACUUCUGCGAACAACCCCAUGUUUGCGGAGGUGGUCCCUCCCAAGCACCGCACCAUGAUCUACGCCUUCGACCGUGCAUUCGAAGGCUCUUUUGCCUCCCUAGCCGCCCCUGCCGUGGGCCUGGUCACAGAGAAGAUAUAUGGCUACGAUGCCAAGACCGUGAACCUUGCGAACGGAUCCGCGGAAGGGGCGUAUGCGCUCUCGAGGGGGCUGCUGACGAUGAUGAUUGUGCCUUUCGGUGUCUGCGUCCUGUUCUACAGCCCCCUGUACCUUGUGUUCAAGCGCGACAGAGAGAACGCGAAACUGUCCAGCUUCAAGGAGCAGGAGCUAGUGUGAUGAUGUGAAUGUGCUGUCCUGUUCAGCAUUCGGCACCUCUUGCGCUGUGCAACAGAGAAAAUGUGGAGCAAGCCUUCUUCAGUCUGAUUGAAGACAAAACCCGUCCUUCCAGUGCCGAUUGUGCAUCCAACAAGGCAUUUUGUGUGGCUACCUGGUCAUUAGAGAGCUGGAGGGAAGUUAAAGGAAGAUCUCGUUGUGACUUUAACUGAGCAUUCAAGCUCCCACUUGUGCUGGCCGGCACACUUUUUUUGUUUCUUUUCUUUUUGCUUUUUGUAAACCUGAACCAUAGAGACAAGCUGAUGUGACUUAAUGGCUUGCUGCUAGUUUAACAGAUUCACAAAUCUCUUAUCUGAUCAAGGAGACCAAUCCAGCUUCCAUACUUA